AUGCAGACCAUGUUGACCACUCUGAUUCUGGGUGCCGCCAUCGCUGCUGCGGCGCCCUUGACUGCUAGAACCUUGGUUAGUGAUGCGGCAGGCCAAACGUACGACUACAUUGUUGUCGGAUGUGGUGUGUCUGGUCUUGUUGUUUCGUCUCGGUUGAGCGAGAACGAGGACGUGACUGUGCUGUGCCUGGAGGCGGGAGCGCUCGACCACUACGAAGAUGAUAUCCUGAUCCCAUACUAUAUUGGUCUCCAACCGGAUGGCUUCUAUGAAUGGGGCAUCUACACUGUGCCUCAGACUCAGUUGGACGGCGAGAGUCGUCAUAUCCCAAUGGGCAAGGGUGUCGGCGGUGGCUCUUUGAUCAACGGUAUGGUCUGGAAUCGAGGAAACCAGGAAAGUUUCGAUGCCUGGAACGACGUUGGUAACACUGGAUGGGGUUGGAACGCUCUCCUACCGUAUUUCGAGAAGUCCGAGACGUAUACGCCAAAGAACUAUUCUGGUGCAGAGGUGCAACCCGAGUUGCAGAACCCAAAUGUCCACGGCACUAGUGGUCCAGUCCAAGUUUCGUAUCCCAACUACUAUUGGCCGCAAACCAACAACUGGUUCGAGGCUCUGCACGAAUUGGGCAUUCCGACCUCAGCUGAACCGAACGAGGGUCUCAGUGCGGGAGGUUACUUCCUGCCACUGGACAUUGACCCGGUCAACCAAACCCGAUCCGAUGCUCGUCGUUCUUACUACGACCCUAACAUCGCACGUACCAAUUUCAAUGUUCAGGACAACUCGCAAGUCACCAGAGUCCUUUUCGACACCAGUGACAACCUGACGGCGACCGGUGUCGAGUUUGCAACAGGAGCCUCUGCACCUCGACAGACAGCCUACGCCAGUCGUGAAGUCAUUAUCGCUGCUGGCGCCAUCCACAGCCCUCAGCUUCUCGAGCUUUCCGGCAUUGGUCAAUCAUCCAUCCUUGAACCUCUUGGCAUCACUGUGCUCCAAAACCUCCCAGGUGUUGGAAACAAUCUCCAAGACCACGGCAUGAUCCACAUAGACUACAACUACACAGCCACAUAUAUCAUGGAUGUCAACGACUUUGCCACCAACGCGACAUUCAACGACGAAUCUGCGGCCGAGUACUACAGCAGCAAGACCGGACCUUGGACCGCCAAACCCAGCUGUGCCGUCGCCUUCCCCUCACUCGAGCAGGUCACGGACAGUGCUUCGUCCAUGCUCGCCGCAGCAAGUUCCGCGGCCUACAACCUUCCGUCCACAUACGACGACGAACCGACCCUGCAAGCCGGCUACGCGCGCCAGAUGGCAAGUGUGCUCUCCGAGCUCGCGAACGAGAACAUCCCCGCGUUCGAGAACUUGAACAACAAUGCCGGUGGCCUGGACUUGGCGCUCAUGCGACCUCUCUCCCGGGGAACCACGCACAUUACCUCCACUGACCCUUUCACCACCCCGAGCGUUGACCCGCGAUGGCUCGUCCACUCAUUCGAUUACGACGUCAUGAUCCUCGCGAUGCAAGUGAACCAGAAGAUCUUGGAUACUCAAGCUAUUCGAUAUCUUGGUCCGUCGUACGCACAGAUCCCACAGGACGCCACGGCCGAGCAGUUGGGCGAGAUCCUGCUUGCCGGAAUCGGCACGGAGUACCACUAUUCGUGCACGACGGCCAUGUUGCCGCUUGAUUUGGGUGGUGUGGUUGACGAGGAUUUGAUGGUCUAUGGCACAAACAACCUCAGGAUCGUGGAUACUGGUAUCUUCCCCAUGGUGCCAGGAUCCCAUCUGCAGGCAGUGACAUAUGGUGUUGCUGAGAAGGCGGCUGAUAUCAUCAAAGCUGCUUAG